AUGAAAGAAAUAAAGGACAGGGCUGUUGUGGAAAGGCCUGGCAAUGAGCCCGGCAGGUUGGAAAUACGCGUCCUAGACAAGCUUCCUGAAAUGCCGUUGGACAUACUGUUGGAAAUUUUCAGUCAUCUUCGUCCACUUGACUUGCUGCAUCUUGCGCGCACGACGAAAGCUUUGCGCACCAUGCUGAUGAGUCGUUCAUCCAUCUCCUUGUGGAAGGGUGCUCGUGAACUAGUCGGAAGACUACCUGAUUGUCCUUCGGACCUCAGCGAACCUCAAUAUGCAAAUCUGCUUUUUGAUCAGCACUGUCAUGUAAGAUUUAAUCUCUCCUGGCUGUCAAAUUAUGUGCUCAGGGGUGAUUUGUAG